AUGUUUAACUUUCAACUUGAUUGGUUUGCAAAACUAUCUCGUAUUUAUAUUAUAACUAAUAUUGUUAUAUUUAUUGGUUUGUGUAAAUCACAAACACCUCCAGCAUGUGCAACAACCAUUUCGGGAUCAGCUUAUGUUGUUCCACCAGGCUACUGUGCGUGGGAGUACGCUACUGGUCUAAGCAAACCAAGACAACUCUAUGUUGCUAGUAAUGGUGAUGUCUUGGUAUCAGACAACGGUGUUAUCACUGUAUUAUAUGAUACAAAUAACAAUGGUGUUAUUAACACUGGUGAAAAGGCAACUUUAGCAACUGCUAGUGGUUUGAAUCAUGGUGUAACAGUAUAUGGUGGAUAUCUCUAUGCUACAAGUGCAUCCACUGUCUAUCGUUGGAAGUAUACACCAGGUAAUAGAACCAGUCUCGGUACUGCACAAGUAGUUCUCAAUGGUAUGCCAACCGCCGGUCACUCAACUAGAACUGUCGCAAUGGUUGAUAAUCUAAAGUUUUAUCUUAGUAUCGGAAGUAAUGCUAAUGUAGAUCCAAAUUCAGCAAGAGCUAGAGUAUACUAUUGUGAUGCUAGCACUGCCACUCUACCUAUUACCUUGGCUAGCUGUGUCGUUCAUGCCGAUGGUUGCAGAAAUGAAGUCGGUUUGAGAUUCGAUCCAACCGGAAGAUUGUGGGGUGUAGAAAAUGGUAUCGAUAACUUGCAAAGAACCGAUUUGGUACCAGAUGCUCAUAUUACCAAUCCAUGUGAAGAAGUCAACCUUUUUGAUUCACCGGGUUCAUUCUAUGGUUAUCCGAGAUGUUGGAGUGAAGGAUAUCUUCCACCUGCAAAAUCAAAGGGUGUAGGUGCCAAUUUUGGUAUGACUUCUGCUGAUGAUACAUGGUGUUUCAAUCAAGCCAAUGUAGUACGUCCAAAGUAUUGUAUGCCAGCUCACACCGCACCAUUAGAUUUGUUCUUUUGGAGUUCAACUACAUUCCAACCACCAUAUGACAAAGGAUUGUUCGUUGCAUUGCACGGAUCGUGGAAUCGUCAACCAUCGACCGGUUAUCAAGUGGUACACAUUGUCACCGAUGUCAAUCAUAACCCAGUGAAUGCAACUCUCACCAAGUUCUUUGGUGGUGUUCCAACUUCCACUGGUGACUCGUGGUCAUUCCGUCCUGUUUCACUCGGUCGUUUAGCUCCAUGCGGUGCUGGUGUUGCCGAAUGUCUCUUGGUCUCUAAUGAUGGUUCCGAUUCAAUCGUUGCCAUUCGUUACAACGGACCAUAG